AAGAAUUCUGGGAGCAAAUGUGUGAUUUCCAUGCAUUCCAGGACCACCACCACUAUACAAGACCCUAAGAAUCCAGAACAUAUGAAGACAUUUACUUUUGACCUGGCCUAUUGGUCUCACAAUGGAUUUCAAAAGGAUAAAGAUGGUGUGUUUAUUUCAGCUGAUCCUAGCAGUAAAUUUGCAGGCCAGAGAGAUGUUUUCCAUGAUCUUGGCCGGGGAAUUCUGGACAGUGCUUGGCAAGGCUAUAAUGCCACCCUCCUGGCCUAUGGCCAGACUGGCUCUGGAAAAAGCUAUUCCAUGAUUGGGUUUGGUGCCAACAAGGGUAUGAUCCCAAAUGUGUGUGAAGAGCUCUUUCAAGCAAUUGAGAACCGAGAGAGAAACCAAGAAUACCAGGUUACAUUCAGUAUGCUGGAAAUUUACAAUGAACAGGUAAGAGAUUUGCUGUCUGGAACCAAGAAACCUGGAGGGCUAAAGGGAAGGGAAGACCAACAGCUGGUUUAUGUGGAUGGUCUGAAGUCAGUGUCUUGCGAGAACUACGCACAAAUUGAAAGGCUGAUGGAACAAGGAACAAAAAUAAGGACCACAGCUCCCACCAACAUGAACGCCAGCAGUAGCCGGUCUCAUGUGGUCAUCACCAUCCAGUUCCAGCAGAUUUUCCUCGACGGAGAGCUCACCAAACAAUCCAGUAUUAAUCUGGUGGAUUUAGUAGGAAGUGAAAGGCAGAAAUCUUCACGAUCCGAAGGAGACAGACUGAGGGAAGGAUCACGAGUUAACUUAAGUUCAACCAAUUUAGGAAAUGUUGUUUCUGUUUUCUGUCAUUGGUCAUUGGGGAAGAGAGUCUUGCACAUUCCUUACAGAGAUUCUGUUCUGACCAAACUGCUGCAGUCAGCUCUGGGCGGGAACAGAAGAACCACUUUGAUAGCAGCUGUAAGUCCAGCCGACAUCUGCUAUGAGGAAACUUUAUCAACAUUAAGAUACGCUGAAAGGGCUAAGAAUAUCCGGAACAAAGCCGUGGUCAACACCUCAACGCUAAUGAGAGAGUCGAGGACAGAGAACAAACUGCUGCUCGGAUGGGGAAACUCCAGCAUGGCAGGGCAGCCAGUCUGUCUGCUGGCAGAGCACGGGCUCGGGCCUCAUGCUAAUCCGAUGAGCUGGGCGCACCAGCUGGAGCAGGCUCGCAAAGAGUGGCGGCAGCAAUACAUGGCCAUCGCCCAGAAUUCCUAUGAGGAAGAUGGAACUUUCCAAAGGUUAGGAAUCCCACAAGAAAAGGAAGAAAGUUCAUGUGAUGCUGGUCAGGCUGCUUCAAAUGCCAUCAUGCUUCAAGGUUUGGGAAUUUCAGAUAAACACACUUCCUUCACAAAUUUGGAUGGUAAAGUGACAGUCACUCCACACAGCAAAUGCAAGGUUGUCGUUAACGGGGUGCCCAUCACGACCAAGACAAAGCUACAGCAUUUGGUAAACUUUCCUGCCUGGCCACAGAAUAUCCUGAGUCCCACCCAAGAGCUGGGAGAGGUCCUUGUGAGGAGGCCCAGGCGUCGAAGCUGUGGCGAGGGCUGGGUGGGCUGGGCGCUAACCGCCUCGCUACCAGUGACCUUUCCUCAAAUGAAGCCCCACAUUCCUCAGGAGCCCUCUGAAAGGCUGGCAGUAGCUUCUGGUGGUUUCUGGGAACGUUUUGUGCUUGUGUGUGAUGUUGAAAAGACUGGUGGUGAGCAGCAGUGGGCUCCAGCAGUGCCCGCGCAACUGUCGGCUCGGGUGACAAGCACUUGCAGCCAGUCUCUGCACCUGCCCUGCAGGCGCAUCCUGGGGGGAGGGUCGGCACAGCUAUCCCAGGCUGCCCCGCAGAGCCUCGCUGACCUGCCACAGAUGACAUUGGUUCUACCUGUCACAGGGCCUGCGUCACCCCAUCAGAGGGAGCAUGCUGGGAAAAAUCACAGAAACGACUUGUUAGAGCAGCAGAUGGAAUCAAAUAUUGGUGACCUACCUUUGUAUUUCCAGGUGUGGAUUUGGUGAAAAGCCAAGUUUAUCAAUAGGAAAUUCCUAACGGAGGAACUGUACCAGCUGGAUGGAGAAGACAGCCACGUAGCUCAGGAAGACGACCCCUUCUGGGAUCCUGUCGAGGCCGUCCGCCUGGGCUCGGCUCACGUCUGGCUCCAGUCUCUCGCCCACUGCGUGGAGUGCGAGGAGCAGGUGGAGCUUGUGAGCUGCGACAGGCUGGAGGCGGCGGUGCUGCGUAUCUGCAUGAGCCCCUGCGCCCCGACAGGACAAGCAUGUGGUGGGGAGGAUGUGGUCAUUGACCCUUUGGAGCUGCUGGGCAAGAGGAUGGAUUUCCAGAUUCGCAUUGUGCGAUGCCGGUGGCUAAAGGAAGAUGCAGAGCAGGGGGUUCAGAUGGGGUACCGAAUUUAUGAUCUUCCAAACACUUUAUAUACUAAGCCUGUAUGGAAAAUUGUGAAUCCCCAAAUUGAAGAUACUGUGCAAUUUGCAGCCUUAAAUGCAUCUCAGGAGUUCCUGAAUUACUUACAACUCAUUGUUGACUUAGGGGGUCUUCAAGAAGGCUGUGCCGAACUGAGCUGCUCUCAGCCGGACCUCAUGGUCACAGGUAAAGGCCACAUCAUGGUGGACACCAUGAAAAUUGCCACUGUGAUGGAUACAGGCAAGGCUACAUCAAAUCCGAUAUCAGAACUUGACCUGAAGCUGCUCAAGUUACAACAGGAGACAGAACUGCUCAGAAACAUUAACAGAGCCCUUAGAGAGGAAAACGUGCUUCUCAAAGGGUCACUUGAGAAAACUGGUUCUAGUCAACAAGCACAUAAGCCUUCCAAUACCCUGAAGGUAACCGGGAUGACAGCACAACUGCCAGCAGCCCAAGAGAUUAAUCAAAUGUAGACCCAGCCAGCCAGCUAUGACAGAGAAUUUGCCAAAGCUCUUAAGGUGUUCUACCAAAGCAUGAACACGGAGGGGCAGUUUCUCAGACUGAGACACUAUAAACCUCGUGAAGAUGAUCAAAUGCUUCGGCCAUUUGUACAACAACAGUCACGAAUGUUAAAAGACUUCGGCGACCUACUUGAAUCCAGCUUGUGGAAACUGAAAAAUGAUGUUGCUCUUAUAAUUAAAAGAAAGAGAGAAUGUUUAUCUCACAUCGAAUAACGAGGAUACACCAACCGAAAACAUUUGAGUUUUGAGUUGUAAAGAUUAUUUGUG